AUGGAACUUGUAAAAUUUGGUGCUCUCUCUUGCAAGCUCAUUGCUGAGGGACCCAAUUACUUUAAGGUUGACCUUGACAUUCAUCGCUUCAGCUACAUAGCAAGGAAGGGACUCGACGCAUUCCGAGAAUACUUUUAUCCGAUGGAUAUAAAUAUUGAGAAUGUGGAACAAUGUGGUGAUUAUCUCACAAUUGAAGGAGAAGUGGCCGAAGUUAUGAAGGACGGAAAAUUGUUAUGGGAUGAGUUACUCAUUGAAAAAUUUGUGAAUAUUAUGAUGGAAGAAGUUAAGGCUGGUAAUCGUAAUGGCACAACAUAUAGUAAAAGUGGUUGGAAUAAUUUCGGAAAAGAAAUGAAGGUUCAAAUAGGGAGAAAAUUUGGUUUAACCCAACUUCGGAAUAAGUUUAAUGCUUUGAGAAAAAUUUAUUUCGAGUUUAAGAAAUUAUUAUCGGAGAUUGGCGUGGGAUAUAACCAUGAGACGGGCAUGGUUAUAAUUGAGGAAGAGAGAUGGGACAGGUUGUUACGAAUGCAAAUAAGUUUAAAAGGCAUGGAUGUAAGCAUUUUGACAAGAUCGAUGUCGACUAUAUUUAGGGACAUAUAUGCAAUAGGGAUGCAUGCCCACCCGUCUACUAUAGCACCCCCCGUAAUCAUUUUGUUUACUCCCAAUAAUGACGAUGAUGAGGAAGAGGGUUGUGAGGUCAGUCCCCCACCUUUACGUAAAGGUAAGAAAGCCAAAAGAGAUGGUUUAUCUCAUGGUAUAGCUGUACUCUUGUCAAACAUGAAUGAGAAUUCUGCGAGGAGAAUUGAGAGAAUUAAAGCUACAAUAGAGAAAGCAGCUAAAACAUCUUAUACUUCUACUCGUGUAUCUUCAUUAUGUCAGUUGGGCACUCAUAUCAUUGCCCCUCCUAAUUUUUCUGUGAUUCCGAAUAAGAUUAGAUGGUCUUCUAGGUUUUAUCCUUACUUCAAGAAUUGCGUGGGAGCUAUAGAUAGAACCCACAUUCCUGCAACUCUGCCAGUAGCUACACAACUUCCAUUUCGUGGUAGAAAGGGUUAUACCAUACAAAAUGUAAUGGCCGUAUCUGACUUUGACAUGAGAUUCACAUAUGUGUUAGCUGGGUGGGAAGGCUCUGCUAAUGAUUCCAAAAUUCUAAAAGAGUGUAUUGAGAAUGAGGCAAUGAACUUUCUAGCUCCACCACCAGGUAAGUAUUAUUUGGUAGACUCAGGGUAUGCCAAUAAGCUUGGUUAUUUGGCCCCAUUUCGUGGUCAUACUUACCACUUUCUGGAAUACCGUAGGAGUAGACCACCCCGUGGUCAGGUGGAAAUGUUCAAUCAUAGAAAUCAAUAUCAGUCUGAUGAUUUAUUUGAUGGUGACGAUCCUCCUCAAAGUAAUGGUAAAGACGAUGAGAUUGUUGAGCAUGUGCCUCCGGCUCAGCUUCGAGAAAUGGAUCAGUUGUGUAAUACUAUUGCUGAUCGAAUCUGGGAUUCUCUUGGGCACUCUUGA